AUGCUAGAUCCAUUUCCCCCUCCACCAGCCUGGCUGCAGGACCUCGUCACACCCUGGGCCGAAUACCUACGCUUAUACACACUCCCCUACCACGUCCACGAAGUCAUCUUCGCCUUCGUAUUCUACCAAGUCAUCCACACCUACAUCUCGCCAUGGCUCUCCACUCGACUGUUUCCUCGACAUUAUCCCCAACUCCCAAAACGAACACGCCUAAACUGGGAUAUCCACGUCGUUUCGUUUGUACAGAGCGUUCUCAUCAACGUCAUAGCGCUAUGGGUCAUGUUUGCGGAUGAAGAGAGAAAGAGAAUGAAUAUCGAUGAGCGGGUGCAUGGAUAUACCGGUGCUAAUGGGCUUGUACAAGCUCUUGCUACAGGUUAUUUCAUUUACGAUAUUAUCGUCAGUACGCUGCACAUCAAUUUGUUUGGGAUUGGGAUGUUGUUUCAUGCUAUCAGCGCUUUGUGUGUGUUUAGUCUUGGAUUUAGACCAUUCGUCAAUUACUACGCCCCGACCUUCAUUCUUUACGAACUCUCCAGCCCAUUCCUCAAUAUCCACUGGUUCUUGGACAAGGUCAACAUGACCGGUAGCAAACUGCAGUGGUACAACGGCAUGAUGCUUCUGGUCGCCUUCUUUUCGUGCCGUCUCGUGUGGGGCACAUGGCAAUCCGUCAUUGUCUACGGCGACAUGUGGCACGCAUGGAAACAGAGUCGUUCCAUGACCCAUUCACCCUUCCUCGACGGCGUCUCUACCAACGCACCCGUUUUCAAGCUUGGUGAAGGCGGGCUUCUGUGUGCGGAUGACAGCUGUCUCAGAGCGAACGCUGAGAUUUCGCAGUUCGCCCAUUAUUUCACCGAUGUCUCGCUUCCGCAGUGGCUGCCAAUUGCAUACGUUGUUUCGAACUUGAUUCUCAACUCGCUCAAUUUCUACUGGUUCUCGCAGAUGAUUGAUGCUGUGCUGAAACGAUUCCGUCAACAACCUGUCGAGAAGAAGGAGACAGCACCCAAGGAACCCACGUAUGUUUUUGAUGCAGCUGAGAAGCUGGGGAAGGAGCAGGGUUAUUUUGAGACUGGGGAUGCCGCUGAGCUUGCGAUUCCUACUGCGACGGGUGUCGAGACUACGGAGGGAGGAAAUGCGUUGAAACAGCGCAAAGUCGUUAUUGCCUGA